GAAGGAAUUUCGAAAUCGUAACAAGAAGGUGCAAGCAACAUGUUCGUGAAACUAAUUCUGGUCGCAACGAUGUUUAGCUUGGUACGGGCACGAACCGUCGAGGCUCGUGAAGUUCAACAUUUAUCGUUAUUCGGUGACCCUCGUCCUGACUCUAUCGUCGACACUGAAUCAACCGUAACUAAGGAACGGCGCGCUCCUCUGAUAACAACGAACGCUCCAACUGUGGAUGUACCAGAUCCCAGUCACGAAUCGACGCACCCGGCAUCGAAGCAUCCAAAUAAAAGGGAAAAUAACAAUAGGGAUGAUCGUCAGACCGAUCUACGGCCAGGAUGUUGUGGAUAAUCGAUAGGUGAAGGAAAUUUCGACGAUGGACAAGUAUUACCUUUGGCUUUUUUCACAGUAUAAUAGUAAAUAAAAUAAAUCACCGGCUAUCAUGCUGCGACAAAUAUAA